CCUUUUGUCAAAUAAUGUUGGUAACUUUACUGUGGUUGUUUUGAAUUUAAGUGCCCAUUGUGUUGGAUUAUCUAUUCAUGUAAAUGUCAAAAGAUCAAAAGAAGUAACAGGUAAAUAAAAUUGCAUAUUAAAGCAGACUUGUUUGGGUCGUGCAAUUUGAUCACAACCUUUUGAGUUUUUCACUUAAGCACACGAAUCAAAUCGAAGCAUCAGUUCACUUCAGCCCUGUCCUCCAUCUCGCUGAGUCGUAAAGACAUCGCCAAUUGAACUGAUGAUUCGAUUUGCAAUUUUUCUUUUUCUACAAAAAUAGUGAAUUUAACAAAAAAAGCUGAAAAGUUGUGGCUAUAAAGACAAAAAUAGUGGUGAUUUUAUAGAAAAUAUUGGCCUACCUAAUUUAGUAUCCUGCCACAUCAAUUGAGGCAUAUUAAUGUAUAUAUGGUAUGCUAAUUUUAUAUCCAAACUUAGCUCAUUAUCAUUGACCAAACUUAAAUUCAAAUUGAUUCCAGAGUUGGCCCCAAAUAACCGUUUUCCCCCCCUACAACUUCAAUCAACCACCACCUUCCCAAUCCACUCUUCCCUAACACAAAUCCAUUUUCAAACUCCCACACGAUAAUCUCUAAGGGCAAAUCCGUCACAACUAACCCACAAACAACCGCUCCAUCCCAUAUUCCCUUAACCCAUAUCCCAUGCCAUCAAUCACUCUUUACCCAAAUUAAAAACAGGCAAAACCAGAAAAAACACACCAUCUUCAAAUCCCCAAAAAAACACACAAGAGUUUCUGCAUUUUUCUGUCUUUUCCGAAGAAUCCCCUCCCUCCCAAAAGACACAAACUGCAAAAACCAAAAAAAUAAAAAAUAUAAAAAAUGAGCCGAAUCAGCAAUGGGAUGAUCGUCUGCCUCAACGUGAUCACGAUCCUAGUCGCCUUCACCGCCAUCGGCUUCGCCCUUUGGUUCCACGUCAGAUCUGACACUGAUUGCCAGCGUGUCCUCAAAAUUCCUCUGCUGGCGGUUGGCGGUGCUCUCCUCACCGUGUCUGUGGCUGGGCUCGUCGGCGCGUGGUGCGGCAUCUCGUUUCUCCUUUGGCUCUAUCUAUUUGUCCUUUUUGCCCUCAUACUCAGCCUCGUGGCCUUCACAGCCUUCGCAAUUGUGGUCACCAAUCAAGGCGUGGGAAGGGCAAUUUCGGGAAAAGGUUUCGGAGACCAUCGACUCGGCGACUACUCGGGCUGGCUCAAAAGAUACGUCGUGAACGACAAGAAUUGGGCCGAGAUUAGGAGCUGUUUGGUCGGCGUUAAAUUGUGCGAGAGAACGGAGUUUUACGAGCACGAGUUGUCUCCGAUUAUGUCUGGUUGCUGCAAGCCGCCAAAUGACUGCGGGUCGGAGUCAGCUAAAACGGGCGACCCGGAUUGCAAGGUGUGGAGCGAUGUUCCAAACGAGCUUUGCUUCGAGUGCGAGUCGUGCAAAACGGCGGUUCUCUACAAUAUAAAGAGGGAAUGGAAGGUUUUGGCCAUCAUCAACGGGUGCAUCCUUGCGGCUGUUGUCGUGAUUUACUCGAUUGGAUGCUGUGCUCUCAGGAACAAUCGUUAUGGCUACAAGAGGCAUAAAGGACAUCCUUGAUUUGAUAUUAGGGCAGAAAAAAAUAAAAGUUGUUUUAGUUGGCUGCUUUUGCUAGUUAUUGGUUUUUAACUCUUAUGUUUUCAUGUUUUUGUGUAUUUUGUGGGUUACUGCUUGGAGCAGAUGUUAUUGUUUUAACUUGGAUUAGGUUUGAAUAUGUAAGGGUGGUGACGUGACUAACUACUAGUUAUGUGUAUUGGUAGCUAGUUAUAUGAACUGGUGUUUUUGUUCUUCUUCUGCUUUGUGGUUAUGCAAUAGUGUUUUGUUACAUUCCAUCUCCACAAUUUAAUGAACAUUUUGAAUUUUCAACCCAAAACUGAAUCUUUUUCUAGGUGUUUAAAGUUUAAACUUUACCCCAAGAGAAAAGGGGAGUAAAAACCACAUAUAUCCCCUGAAAAUAUGAAAUUCACUAGGGCUGAGCACAAAGCAUGACAAAAAAUAAUUUAACACAACUCUCAAAAUCAUGAAGCAAUCAAUGAAUUUAACCAAUUUGUUGAUAUUAAUCUUUCGGCAAAAUUGCAUUUUGUGCCCUGUAACUAUGCGUGUGUGGCAAUUGUGGACAGCUUCUUUUUGGUUUGGCAAAAGUGCCAUGAAACUUGUUAAAACCCGGAAUUCGUGCUCAAUUUACCUACAAGUUACCGGAUUUGACCGGUUUUUCGUGUGGCAAAAUAGGACAGUAACUUGUUAAAAUUCGAAAUUUUUGCCCAAAUUGGACAGUUUUAACAAGUUUCGGGGCACUUUUGCCAAACUAAAAAGAAGUUGUCCACAUUUGUCACACACCCCUAAUUACAGGGUAUAAAAUGCAAUUUUUCCUUAAUCUUUCUGUUUAUCUGUUUUUCUUGUUUUUUUUUCCUUUUCCCUGCUGUCCUCUCUGUGUCUCAACUCUUAACAUCUUACUCCAUGUCAACUACACACAAAGCUCAUACGCUCUAAUCAGCACCUCCUUAAACCUACCCAAAUCAAUACUCACAUUCUGAUCCUUCAAAUACACCGCAUGGAAAUGGAAGAACCCCUUCUCAUAUACCGCCCCCGGAUCCCUAUACACCUCGCUGUCCUCCGCGUACUUCCCUAACAACGAACUCUCGUUCAGCCCCACCUCGUACUCCAAGUACUUCAACCCCAUCUCCCUCGUGGGCCUCCCAAAAUACGGCUUGGCCCACAAGUCCGCCCCAAACGGUAUGAUCUGCACCACAACCCCACCUUCCGGCAAAAAAACCAUGUUCGCCAGCCCCGCCCCAUGAACCCCUACAAGCACGUCAUACGAGUUGACCCUCCUCGAAGUCUCCGUCACGUUCCACCCCGUCUCGUCCACGUCAACCUCGAACCCCAGCCCGCGGGCCCUACUCGCCACCUCAUCCUCGUUCGUCAAGAACCGAUUCGCCGCCCUCGAGAUGAUCAGCAUCCGGGGCCGUGGGCCCGGGCCCACGGCC